CGGAAAGAGAAAACCCAGUUGCAACAGACAAAAAUACAUCUCACACCAUUCAAUCCAAUCUUAUUGCGCCGCAUCGCAUCUCAUCACACAACGAAUGAUGGGUUCUCCUAGAAUCGGUACGAGUUUGUUGACCGUCGCAACGUGCACCCUGAACCAGUGGGCCCUCGACUUUGACGGGAACCUCGAGCGAAUCCUCGAGUCCUGCCGGUUGGCCAAGGCCUCGGGCGCCAGGUACCGACUCGGUCCCGAGCUGGAGAUCUGCGGUUACGGCUGCGAAGACCACUUCCUGGAGCCCGACACCAUUGACCAUUCUUGGCAGAGCCUGAUUCGAUUGCUCAUGCAAACCGAUGCGACCCUGGACAUGAUCUGCGACUUUGGGAUGCCMAUUCUGGGGAACGACGGAUGCCGGUACAACUGUCGGGUAGUGUGCUUCAACCGAACCAUAUUGUGGAUCCGGCCCAAGACGAUUCUUUCCGACGACGGCAACUACAGAGAAACCCGGUACUUUGCGGCAUACAAGGAGAGUGCAGCUUCCAAUUCACACUCGGAGCUACACCUGCCUCUGUGGGUCCGAAGAGAGCUCGGGGACGACCACCCGGCAUCGGUCCCGUUGGGCGGGGCGACCAGCUUUCUGAGAACGGACGAUGGGGUGGCCUUUGGCUGCGAAACCUGCGAGGAGCUCUGGGUCCCGGAUCCGUCCCACGUCGACCUGGCGCUGGCGGGGGUCGAGGUCAUCGGGAACGGCAGCGGGUCCCACCACGAGCUCCGCAAGCUCGACAAGCGCCUAGAGCUGAUGGUAGCGGCAACCGCACGCUGCGGAGGGAUCUAUCUGUACGCAAACCAGCGCGGCUGCGACGGAGGCCGGGUCUACUACGACGGGGGUGCGACGAUUGUCUGCAACGGAAAGGUCCUGGCGAGGUCGCCCCAGUUUUGCCUCAAGGACGUGGUGGUAGUGACGGCGACGGUCGAUCUGGAGGAGGUCCGGUCCUUCCGGGUGGCGAAGCCAUCGGUCAUGGCCCAGAUCCAGCACCAGAAACAGCAGCCGGAAAGCCGCGGCAGGGUCUUAAAUGCUCCCACCGAUUGCCGGGUUCUGGAACUCUCMGACUUGACCGGGUUCCCAACCAAGCCAAUCGAAUCGCUUGUAUCCCCAAUCCCGGAGGAAGAAUGCUGCCUGGGCCCGGCCUGUUGGUUGUGGGACUACCUGCGGAGGAGUGGGGCGUCCGGGUACUUAUUGCCCCUGAGCGGGGGGGCCGACAGCUCAGCGGUGGCCACCAUUGUCAUGGCCAUGUGCCACCUGGUGUACAACGAAGUGCAAACCGACCCUGAUGGCAAAACCCAGCCCAACCAGCAGGUGCUGAAGGAUCUGCGUCGCAUCUGCGGAAAGGACGGUCCCGACGACGACGAAACCUGGACACCGGGCUCGCCACAGGAAAUUGCCUCCCACGUCUUGCACACCGUCUUUAUGGGGACCGUCAAUUCUUCCCAAAACACCACUAGCCGCGCCAGGCGCCUCGGGGAGGCCAUCGGGAGCUACCACCUGACCGUUCCCAUCGAUCUGAUGGUGGACGCCAUCGUGAAGGUCUUCUGCCUAGCCACCGGCCAGACGCCCCGCUUUUUGGCGAGGGGUGGAACGCUUGCGGAGGACCUCGCCCUGCAAAACAUCCAGGCCCGCAUGCGCAUGGUGACGGCCUAUCUCUUUGCCCAGUUGCUGCCGUGGACCCGAAAGCUCGCCGGGGACACCGUUGGGAAGGGUUUUUUGCUAGUUCUCGGAUCCGCCAACGUUGAUGAGGGACUCAGGGGUUACAUGACCAAGUACGAUUGUUCCUCGGCCGAUCUGAAUCCCAUCGGUGCGAUAUCGAAGGGGGAUCUCAAGCGCAUGCUCCUGUGGGCUUCCAAGGCCUAUGGAAGCAGGUCCGGUCCGGUUCUCGAGGAGAUUGCCGGGGCACCGCCCACGGCCGAGCUGCGCCCCAACAAAACCGCACUUGAUGCAGAUGCCCUGGGCACCGAUCCGAGCGGGGAAGACAGCAGCAACGAUGCCGAGCAUUCUCAGCUGGACGAAGAGGAAAUGGGCAUGACCUACGACGAACUGGGGUGGUUUGGCCGUCUCCGCAAGCUGGAAUUCUGUGGCCCAGUGAGCAUGUACCGAAAGCUUGUCUACGAGUGGACGAAACCGUUGGUGGAUAGCGAUGGCAAUACCAGCGACACGCCGGUUCUUACACCUCGAGAGGUGGGCGCCAAGGUCAAGCGUUUCUUCUUUUAUUAUUCCAUCAAUCGCCACAAAAUGUGCACGCUGACUCCGAGCUACCACGCAGAACGAUACAGCCCCGACGACAACCGAUUCGACCUCCGGCCGUUUUUGUACAAUGCCAAGUGGCCGCGCCAGUUCCAAACGAUCGACGACUUGGUGGAGGAGUACGAACAAAACCAGCAACAGCUAGAGCUCAGGGAAAACAAAUUCCUGGAGAGAUAAUACUGUAAACAAACAAAAACACGAGGCGAUAUCAUGCUACCUGCUCUUUCCACAAGCCUAACAAUGCUGCAGCAAGUCUGCAUAAUCAGAUGUUGAUGCUGUGAUACAUGGUGUUGCUUUGUCCUCCAUUUUGWUGUACGUGUAGCGGCAAUACUAUUUAGCAUCUUCGUCGACCGGGCGUGGUGUAAACACAGACAAAGCAAUCGUUGUUUGUAAAGUGUCAGGUAUAUUCUGUGUCCUUCCAUGUGAGGUUGGUUUCUGUUCUCCAGUGGUCAAUUGUUCGUAGAGGAAGCCUGCUAUUUUUGUCGUUGUCUAAUCGAAUGUUCAAUCAAAUAACUUCAGGUUU